GUCCGCAGCCUGAUAACGCACAGGAGGGAGACAACACGGCUGCGGAGACCUGUGCCAUUUUCUCGUUUUCUUCACACAGAAAGAAUUCGUCUAUUUUACUCAUUAACGUCGUCUGCAUUUUGGUUAACAGCGUUAAUCCCUUAAUAAAAUGGUGGAUUAACGCCUUUUACGCACAGAUUUGUCGCCUGACCUCCGCUGCAAAGUCAUCUCUGGAUAUUCAGCUACAGUUUGGGCUCUGUUCCUCCGUGCCAUGCUCUCAAAGACGGAGAAAGAACUAAUAGUAGAAAUAUGGGAAAGGCUGACUCCUGUGGCUGAAUAUAUUGGGUCAGAUGCGCUUCUUAGGAUGUUCGCCUCUUACCCGGGAACGAGGACGUUAGACAUAAAUCCCGGCUCUGCUCAUCUGCUCUCUCAUGGGAAGAAGAUUGUCCUAGCCAUAGCAGAGGGAGCCAAAGACAUCAGCCAGUUGACCGUCACCCUGGCUCCUCUACAAACUCUGCAUGCCUACAAGCUGCGGAUAGACCCGACCAACUUCAAGCUCCUGGACAGUAACAUCUUUUCCUCCCCUGCAGCUUCUCUCACACUGUAUGCUCGUCACCCUGGCCUGCUACCUGGGGGACGAGUUCACACCGGUUGCACAUGCAGCAAUGGACAAGUACCUGUCAGCUGUUGCAGCUGUGCUCGCCGAGAAAUACAGAUGAGACUGGGCCAUGUCUCUAGGAAGGACGAUGAUGAUAUAUUAGAUGAAAUAUUUAUGUAUGUGUAGUUUUUGUUAUAAUAAAAUGUGCAAUUAAUAUGCUGCUUUUUGUUGUGUUGUGUUACAAUGUAAAGACUUAAUCAUGCAUAAAUAUAAUUCACUCAUGUGUAAACCUUAUGGCUGUGACUCAGGUUGUGACUAUGUCUAUAUACAAUACAUGUUAUAGUAUAUUUGAUCCAAGAGAAAAGCUGGUCUCACAGUUUAUUGUUACAGCAGUGAACAGGGCACUGCCUACAGUUCUGUCACAGUUCACUGUUAUCUCUGGCACUGAAAUACACCUCGGAGAUGUCUGUUGUCCUGAAAUAAUACUGGAUUACCUAACACAAGCAA